AAACGCUUAGACACCAAAAACGAAAGUUCAAACAAAAAAAAAAUAGAAACCUCUUCUUCCUCCGCCCGCCGUGAACCACCGCCGGCGACAGUUAACCCGCCGGUGAGAUGAACAUUCCGGCGAACCUCUCUUCCCUGUCUAUCAACAAUGCUCGUUUAGCCGAUCAUCGCCGCCACGUUUUCCACGAGAAACUUCACUUGAAAACUCUAACACGCUUAGUCUAGAAGUGAUUCCAUUCCAUCAUUCCAUGCUUCUUCUGUGAAAAUGGCACAAAGAUGAUUCAGUAGUGGUUGUUACAAAGGGAAAACGAUUUUUGAGCUUUUUUUUUGCAUUUUUGGUUUUUGUUUUGCCUUCUAAAAUGGCUCCGAUGAAGAUCCAACCCAUCGACAUCGAUGCACAGAGUCUGAAGGAAGCGACGACGGUGGCGGUGGUGGCUCGAAACGACGUCGUUAAGCCGGUGUUGAAGUCACGACUGAAGAGGCUGUUCGUGUUUGACCGGCAGAAACCAGUCGCCGGCGAUGCUCCGCUGUCCAACACCAGAGAUGGAGCCGGCGGAGUUGUACCGGAGUUUGAGCCAAGCUCUGUUGUGUUGGCCAAUAUGGUGCAGAGUUUCAUCGAAGAGAGUUACGAGAAGCAGCAGCAGCCACCGACGGCCGCGAGAAACGCUCGCAACCGCUGCAACUGCUUCAACGGCAACAGCAAUGACAUCUCCGACGAUGAACUCGACAUCUUCGGUGAAUCAAUCGCCUCUGGUUCAUUCGGCGACUCCGGCGACGCGCUCAAGAGCUUGAUUCUUUGUGCGAGUGUUGCAGAGAGAAACCUCUUAGCUGACACAUCGAAGAUCGUUGACCAGAACAGCAAGGUUUACAAGAGAAAAGACGAAUUGAGAAAGAUCGUGGUUGAAAACCUUUCAUCUCUGGGUUACGAUUCCUCCAUCUGCAAAUCGAAAUGGGAGAAAACCCUAUCUUACCCUGCCGGUGAAUAUGAAUACAUCGAUGUGGUUGUGGAAGGUGAGAGGUUGAUAAUCGAUAUAGAUUUCAGAUCGGAGUUCGAGAUUGCUCGAUCGACGGGGACUUACAAGGCGAUUCUUCAGUAUUUGCCGUUCGUUUUCGUCGGGAAAUCGGAUCGUCUCUGUCAGAUCGUCGCCGUCGUGGCGGAGGCGGCGAAGCAGAGCUUGAAGAAGAAAGGGAUGCACGUUCCGCCGUGGAGGAAGGCGGAGUACAUGCUUGCCAAGUGGCUCUCCAGCUCCACCUGCACUAGAGCAAGUCCUCCGCCGCCCUCCGCCGUGUGUGGCUCCAGUGAGAAUCUGAGCGGCGGUGGAAGUGCUGAGGCGGAGAGUGAUUGCUGUGAGUUGGAACUGAUCUUCGGUGAAAAAGCAUUGUCGCCGGAGAUGAAGGUUGUUUCGGGUGGUGAGAAGGGCUUGCUGACGGUUGCGACGCCGGCGUGGCAUCCACCGGCGGUGAGAGUGAAGAGUGUUGAGAGAGGAGCGAGGGUGGUUACUGGAUUAGCUUCUCUUCUCAAAGAUAAACCAUAGAAGAAAAUUUUGCACUUUUUUUGUUUUUUCUUUAAAUCGGUAAUUGAAAAACAUGACCAAAAUAUUUUGGAUAAGAGCAAGGUUCUCUUUUUUUUUUAACCAAUUUUCACUUUUUUGCCUCUUGUUUUUUGGCUUUUCUUUUGCAGAGGGUCUAUGUAAGAAGCAACUUUAUAUGUGACCAAUCAAUGUAAUAAAAUAGCAGAAGAAAAAGAAAAGAGUACAUAUUUUUGCAUAAA